AAGCUUUAGGCCAACAAUGGUUGAAACAAUUGGAAGAUGGGAAAUAUUUUGAAGAAGAAUAUAUCGCUCACCUUGACCUCGGAGGUGACGAACAAGUUGUAAUGUUAACGCGUACGCGUAUUAUGUUAAUAAAAUGUCGUCGAGCAAAAGUUGACUGGGAGGUUCCAUUUUCGGAUUUGGAAACCAUUUCUUUACAACCUACGGGAAUAUUAUUAAUGUUAAAGAGAAAUAAUCCCGGGCCAUUUAUUCCCAUCACCGAACCAACAAGUAAAGAAUGGUUUGAAAGAAAAAUGGAACAA